AUGUCCGAUGAUUGGGGAAGCCCCUACGGGUUGUCAUUUCGCAGGAACAGUUCGUGCCUGAGCACUGACUCAGACUGUGGUCAAACAUGGGCGCCAUUCCACGCCUGUUGCCCAAAUGGCACCCACUAUCCCACGCAGAACAACGUUAAAUGUUGUCCCAGCGACGCAGACUGUAGCGAUCUCUUCAAGGAGAGUCCACACUGUGCAAACAGCACGGGCAACCUUCUCAAAGCAAAUGGCUACUUCUGUUGCCCUGCUGGGACAGUAGGCGUCUCGAGAAAGGACACUGAGUUCGUCGGCUGUGCAAAGUCCGUAGACGAUGUGGGAGACGCAUAUAAUCUAUUAGCUACAAUUUCCACCGGGCCACCAAGCCCAACCCUAGUUUUCAGCUUCUCGUCUUCGACAUCGUCCUUUGCGACUUCCACAUCAUCGCCAUCCCCGAGUCCAUCGCGAACCGACUCACUAACAGAGACAUCAGCCCCUACUGCAACAUCUACGGCAAACCCAUCAGGUUCAUCUGCACAGAUCAACACUGGUGCGGUCGCAGGCGGUGUGGUUGGUGGCGUUGCGGGUUUCGCACGCAUCACCUUUCUGAUCUGGUUUUAUCUCCGCCGUCGAAAGGCGUCAUUACGCGAGGGUGCACGGGUAUCUAGCUAUUCCUACUACUCAGGAGCUCCGAAGGGUGCUGUCGCGGGACGCAACUCGGUUCUGCAGGAGCCUGACAACUCCGCUGGAUCACCGCCACAACCGCCGAUUUACGAGCUAGCGACGGCGAAUACGCCCACAGCAUGGGAGAUGCGGGUGAGCCGCCAGCCAUGA